ACGAAAGAGACUACUUGUCGCAUCUUCACGGUAAGAGGCAUCACACCAAUUUGUAUGAUAUAGUCAACUUAGCAUAUCAAUUGAAUAUUAUGGAUAUUUGCUUUUUUCAUAUUCAGCUCAUUUUCAAGAGAAAAAGUUCAGAGAUGAAAUGAAAACAGAGAACACUUCAGAUAAUGAUCUUUAUGAUUCAGAAUUUUCUGAACCUCCUCAUUUAAGUAAAUGGUUUCCGGACUAUGUCUAUGAAUCACCGAUGUUGGAUACAUGUUAUGGUUUUGAAUUCUCUGACCUUAAAGAAAGUGAAAGUAUAAAGGAUUUGGAAAUGAAGAAAGAGACACCAACAAAAAUCGAUGACUUAGUCUCUUCUAAGAUUGAUGAUAUGACUGACUCGCAAGCUGCAUAUUCAGAGUUGGUAGUUGAGGAUAGUGACAUAGACGAUGCCGUAAUAGACAAAAACCGUAGAAGUCUUUUUCGAAGAGUGGCUAAGCGAAAACCUACAAUACCAACCGUUGAAGAAGAGUUAACUUACUUGAAGAACCGAGUCAGUGAUCUAGAAGACAAAGUAAGCUAUUUGUAUGAUGUUAUUAGUCGUCUUAUUAUCUCCAAUGGCAACAAUGGUAAUUAGACGUAAGGAUAUUAGUUUAGGUAUUGGAUUCAUAUUUGAUUUAUGUAUGAAUUGGUGUUUGGUUCAAAAAUGAUGUUUGGUUUAUGA